AUAUGUAUUUAUGCAUGAUAAUACGUCCAAGAUAGUCUGCUCAGAUUGGAAUCACCAUGUGGUACUAGUCAAUCUCAAAUGACAGGUUAGUCUUAUAUUCACGGAAAUUCCUAGAGAGAGAAACACACAUAUAUAUAUAUAGAGAGAGAGAGAGAGAGAGCUUGAAAGCUUCUGUGAAGCUCGAGGAAAAUGGAAGACGGAGGCAAAACCGCUGGAAUUCCAUUGCUGGACUCGGGAGCAGCUUUGGGAACAACUUCGACGGUUCAAACCCUAGCGAACAUCGUCGUUUCGAUCGUCGGGACCGGCGUUUUGGGCCUCCCUUUCGCUCUCCGAAUCGCCGGUUGGCUCGCCGGCUCGCUCGGCAUCAUCGUUGCCGGUCUCGCCACCUAUUAUUGCAUGCUUCUUCUCGUCAAGUGUAGGGACAAGUUGGCAUCUGAAGAAGAGGAAGAUUCAACAAACAGAAAAACCUAUGGCGACUUGGGCUAUGAAAGCAUGGGAACGACAGGUCGUUUUCUAGCUGAGUCUCUCAUUUUCUUGUCACAAUGUGGAGGCUCCGUGGCCUACCUUGUGUUUAUAGGACAAAACCUUUCAUCAGUGUUUAAAGGCCAUUGGAACUUCUCUUCCUUCAUACUCUUGCUUGUCCCAAUUGAAAUUGGGUUUUCAUGGAUUGGAAGCUUAUCUGCUUUAGCACCCUUUAGCAUAUUUGCUGAUAUCUGCAAUGUGUUGGCUAUGGGGAUUGUGGUCAAGGAAGACAUACAGCAGGCUUUAGGGGGUGAGUUUUCUUUCAAGGAAAGGACGGCUAUAACGUCGAAUAUUGGGGGCUUGCCGUUUGCCGGAGGCAUGGCGGUGUUUUGCUUUGAGGGCUUUGGGAUGACAUUGGCAUUGGAGGGCUCAAUGAGAGACAAAAGAAGUUUUCCCAAGUUGCUCGCUCAGGCUUUUACUGGGAUCACCCUUUUGUAUGUUUUGUUCGGGUUCUUUGGUUACAUGGCGUAUGGUGAUGAAACGAGAGAUAUAGUCACUCUCAAUCUCCCUAGGGAUUGGUGGGCACUGGCCGUUCAGAUUGGCAUGUGCUUGGGGCUUGUAUUCACAUUUCCAAUCAUGGUACAUCCCAUUAACGAGAUCAUAGAGGGAAGGUUAAAGAAGAGCAACUGGUUUCAGGAUGCCGAAAAUACCAAUGGCUAUUCAACAACAAGCAUAGGAAAGUUUGGAAUAUACCUGAGCCGUUCUAUGUUGGUAAUCGGAUUGGCGAUAUUGGCCUCAUGCGUGCCGGCGUUUGGUGUAUUCGCCUCUCUUGUUGGGAGUACCGUAUGUGCAUUAAUCUCGUUUGUUUUGCCAGCCAUAUUUCAUCUGAAAAUAUUCUGGUCCUCUCUAAAUCUGUGGCAAAGAGCCUUGGAUUUUGUCAUCUUGUCAUGUGGCAUGCUUUUCGCUGCUUAUGGUACUUAUAACACCGUAGUUGGUGUAUGAUUGGUUAAAAAGCCGAAUUUUGACCCAGAAAAUGUUUUUGGUGAAGUCAAGCCUUGUGAAACGGAUAAAUUAGUUCUUUUUAACUUGAGGAAGAUAAAUGGAUGACCACAGCCUACAGGCGCAAGAAGAACAAUGUAUGAAAUGUUUGCCGAGUUAUGUUAGCAACAGUUGCGACUAUGGUACCUCGGCCAUCCUUAGAUUCCACAGCAGGACGCGAAACUUGGGUUUUCAUUCUAGCAGUUUUCUAAGGGUUUUGUAGUAGAAUUAAUUGCUAGCAAAAGUAGCAUAGUAUGGUAGUUUUUUUUUUUAAAUUAUUUUUUUAUUUAGUUUUUGGGUCUUC